GCGCCAAUUUCUGCAAACCAGAAAAGAAAGUCACGUGAAAAAUCCUGCAAACACUGAACUCAAGCAAUGGCUGCCUCUGCUGUGUAUGGACGAGUCCUCUGCUUCAUGCUAGCUGCAGGAAUUUGCUUAUCACAGACACCAGUUCCUAGUCGUCCAUUAGGUUUCACCUACAUUUCUUCUGAAAUGCCAAAGGUUGUCUUGGAGAUAUUCUAUGACCACCUGUGCAUUGACUCAAAGGCAAACUGGCCAAUGCUGAAAAGUGUGGUGGAUGAAUAUGACAUCAUGAACAAAGGCAUCAAAGUCAUGAUUCACAUGACAUCACUGCCAUUCCAUCACGACACAUUCUUUGCUCAGAGGGCAGGUGUGUUGGUGAGACGAGUCGACCCGAUGCAGUUCACAGACUAUCUUGAACUGAUGUUUGCCAACCAAGACAGUUUCUUGUCUGGAGCAGUGAACAUGACGGAGCCAGAGGUACAGGACAAGAUGGCCGCUCUUGCCAGUGCCAAGCUCACCAUCAGCAAAGCCAUGAUGUUGACAGCCUUCACCGACACUACUGUUGACAAUGAAGCUAGACUGGCCUUCAAGUACGCCGGUCACCGUGGCAUCACAGGUACCCCCCAGUUUGUGGUGAAUGGAGUACACACACCCGACGUGGCCGGCUAUGACAAGGGACAGUGGGAGAAGUACAUCACACAACUGAUCAUGGACACUUCAUUGGGAAAAGAUGAACUAUGAUCGAACUGUUGCUCGUGUGUUGAGCUUUUUAUUUGAUAGUAACUUCUAUCCUCGUCAUUUGACAAUUUCUGGUUUUUAAAAUUA